AUGCCGAAGUCGCAGUUCGUGCGGUUCGCCGAGGUCUGUCCCCUGAAGGAGUUUGGGUUUGCGCCGGAGCCGGGACAGUACCUGGCGGCGGUGGGCUGGGCGGAGGCGGUGGCCGGGCUGCUGCUGGCGUUCGGGCCCCAGCUCCUGCAGGAGAUCAGCAACUUCGUCCUCAGCGUCAUCAUGAUCGGUGCCAUCUACACGCUGCUGGUGCUGCGGGAGACCCUGGCCAUGUGCGCCCCUGCCACCCUCUGCCUCGGCCUCCUCCUGCUGCUCAACAUCCGCGGGCACGCGGCCCCCACCAAGCCCAAGUUCGAGUGACUGGAGGCGGGAAGGAUGGACGGCUCAGCCAGUGGGAAGCAAUGCCCUUAUGGUAUUUUCGGGGAUGGCAUCACUUCCCGCGGGGUAACUUGCCGCCGAGGUGUGGUGUGUCCUCUCCUGCCGCUGCCAGGGACCCUGGGUGCCGGUUGUCCCCACGCUGUGGGACCCAGACUGGUGCUUUGGGAUGGUGGCCAUGGUACUGCCGUGGCACCACCACUGCUCCGGCAGCUCCGUUGCUAAACUCGCACAAGGUGUCCAGCUCUUCCCAGCGUUCGGCCACACUGGGCUGGGGCUGGCUCUGCUCUCCUGGGGGCUUUUGUACUUUGGAAUAAAGCCUCGUUUUUCA